GCGGAUUGGGGGUGGGGGGGGCGCAGUCAUCAUUUAAGAAAUCCCUGGUAGGACGCAUGCGUGUGGAUUUUGAAGAGCAUACGCCAUAUUGAAUUCCCGUAGGAAUCGGCUAGCAAAUUUUCCAGCUAGCGGUGUAAAAGGGGGCCACUUUAUCAAUGGUCCUAAUUCGGUUUAAUGUUCAAACGCGUCUGUUCUCGUAACCCCGGACAGCAUAGCGACCUUUGAAAGGUCCGAGAAGCGGCGCAGGUUCACCACGGGCUCGGAAGUGUUAGUUAGGGACUUGUCGGGGGGGUUACCAGAGAAAGAAGUUGAAUGGAUCCGAGGGUAGCUUGGAUUCAGCCCGAACAGAAAGGACCUGCGAACGCCUUAUGGAUGCACGUCUGGGAGACCUCUCAGGGAGUACGGACUCUCGCUCAGCAGCAGCUCCACAAUCAAAACCACAACCAGUGUGUGAGUUACGCGGUUUUAAAAAAUGUGGCGACCGCCGUGGCUUCAAGCAAGAGCAUCUGCAGCAGCAACGGUAACGUUACAGGCAGCCUGAGCAACGGCAGCAGCCAUCGUAGCAUCACGAACGGCGCUGCACACAGUAGUAGCGGUAACGGCAAUGCGAUUCCUCCGCUGGGGAGAGCGCUGUCCAACGGGAACAUACACAACUCUUUAACCCCGUCGAACAUCACCGAGCCAGGUGAGGGAAAAACUGCGUCCCAUAAAACGGGAUCUGCUUCGUCGUCUUCGCAGGAAUCCGGGACGGACAGUCCCCCUUCCAGCUGCUCACUGGAGAGGACUAUGGAUAGAAAUGUUACGGGGAGUAUUAAUAAUAACGUCGGGGGUGCCAACCUGCUCUUCAACUUGAGAGACAGCAUGGACAAUAAUGUCAACCUUUACCAUCACCGUCACCCGCAGGAGCACCAGGCUUUCAAGUUACAGCAGAUUUGCGUGAACCAGCAUCAGGUUCACCCCUCUGUACCUAUUAAUCAACCACACAGUCACCACCCGGGCCGAAGGAAAAGUGAUAACAAGGCGAGCACUUAUGGGAUGAAUUAUUCGAUUUCUAACUGCACUAAUGGCAAUUAUGCGAGCACUUGCACGCCCUGGAAGACGAGGGAGUACAGCCCAGGGGUCCUCGGACUCCACGAAGAGGUGAUGGAUUUCUACAAAUACAUAUCUCCUCGGCCGGAGGAGGCAGCUAUGAGGAAGGAGGUGGUGAACCGGAUAGAGGUGGUCAUCAAGGAGCUGUGGCCUACUGUUGAUGUCCAAAUAUAUGGCAGCUUCAGCACAGGGCUGUACCUUCCAACAAGUGAUAUUGACCUGAUGGUGACUGGGAAGUGGGAGCGCCCGCCACUGCAAGAGCUUGAACAAGCUCUUCGCAAGCAUGAAGUUGCCGACCCUAACUCCAUAAAAGUGCUGGACAAGGCUACAGUGCCAAUCAUCAAGCUGACCGACCAGAGGACUGACGUCAAGGUGGACAUCAGUUUUAACGUAGAGACUGGAGUCAAGGCUGCAAGCUUCAUUAAAGGCUACAUGAAGAAGUAUCCAGUGCUGCCUUACCUGAUCUUUGUGCUGAAGCAGUUUCUGCUGCAGAGGGAUCUAAACGAAGUCUUCACCGGGGGCAUCAGCUCCUACAGCCUCAUCCUCAUGGUCAUCAGUUUCCUACAGCUCCAUCCUCGUAUCGAUCCCACCAACCCCAGUGAGAACCUGGGAGUGUUGCUGAUCGAGUUCUUUGAGUUGUACGGCCGUAAUUUCAACUACUUGAAAACAGGGAUUCGCAUUAAAAAUGGAGGCGCAUACAUAGCCAAAGAGGAGAUUAUGAAGGGCAUGACAAAUGGAUACAGGCCAUCCAUGCUCUACAUAGAGGACCCUCUACUCCCAGGUAAUGACGUGGGAAGGGGUUCCUACGGUGCCAUGCAAGUCAAGGAGGUGUUUAAUUAUGCCUUCAUUGUCCUGAGUCAUGCUGUCUCCCCACUUGCACAGUCAUAUCCUAACAAAGACUGUGAAAGCACAUUGGGGAGGAUAAUCAGGUUGACCAAGGAAGUGAUUGACUACAGGGAAUGGAUCGUUAAGAAGUGGGGGGGAAGAGAUUUGGUGCGACCAGACAACAGAGUGUCCCCUCCCAAAAAGCCGGUGUCGGAGCAAGAGAACUGUGUGCUGGGAGGUGGUGUUGGGUCAGAUGAGCAGCAAAGGGAUUCGAUGUCACCCCACAGCGCGGACUCUCCCAUGUCCAUCUCCAGCCCCCAGCAGCACUCGUCCGCCUCAUCAGUGUCCUCACUGUCUGGGUCUGAUAACGACUCUGAUUCAGCGUUGCCAUGUCCCCUCCCUCCACCAACCCUGCCAGCUUACCCGCCUUUCCCACCCCUCGGCCUAGCUUUAACUCCAGGCCUCAACAUGGGCACCGGCAAACCUGGCAUGGGAGGACACCAUCUGCUCAUGCCUCCAGGUUCCCAGGCUCGUGUCUCACUGCCCGGUGGUCUAGCAAUGCACUCCAUGCCUGGCAGACAGGUGUGUAUAGACACCGGGCUCCCCCCCUUCUUCCACAUGCACCCCCCAGCCCAUGCUCAUGCCCCUGCCCCUUCCAGCCCCCAGCCUCCGCCCAGUCCCCACUCCAGCCACACACAUAAGAACGGAGCCAAGUUCAACGGGAAGGGCUUCCACAAUCCGCCACUGGUCAACAACGCUGUUCUCGCUAACCGUGGAUACACGCAGCAUCACCGCAACACUUGGCGACGCAGGAAGAGGGACAGCCUGCCGGUUAGCCUGAGCAGAUAGAAACCACUCCUCUUCUCCUCGCCGUUUCCUCCGUCUCCUCUCCGACUGCAUGCCGUGGCUCUUCGUUUGUCUUGAAGGAGGAUGGACAGGCAGACAAGAGGACCAGAGACCAGCAGUUUUUACUCCGAGGGCUCCUCGACAUGGAACAGCAGCCCUCAGCUCUGCAUCUUCCUCCUCUCCGUACCUUCCCUCCCCCCCUUUUUUUUUUUUUUUUUUUUUUUUGCAUGACUUUAAUUCCGUUUUCCUUUCAGUAUUGUGUCUUCCUUCUGUGCGUUCAGGUCGGUUUACUUUUUUUGGAACUUGGCGUUGACAGUAUUGCUAAGCUCACUUGACCUCAUCUCGACCCUUGCAGCCAAGCUACCCAGGGUUUCCUUUUUACAGUUAAUACGCUUAAAAACAAACUUUUUUUUUCUCCAUUUUGUGCAAUAAUGUUACUUUUCUUUUUGAAACUAAAGUAAGAGCUUAUUUAAUUUCGUGUGUGUAUAUGUAAAGGCAUUUUUAUACUGUUAUUUUAUUUUUGUAGAGUUUUAAAUUUUGUUUACGAAACUUUUCCCCAGGCAGCAUCUCUAAAGUGUGUGUGUGUGUGUGUGUGUGUGUGUGUGUGUGUGUGUGCGCAUCUCUCCAUCAGGUAGAGAUGGACCCAGGUUGAAAUGCCCCCUCCCCCUCUCUUCUUCUCUCCUCUUUAAAUGUGGUCUGCUUAAGGGAAGCCGUAUCAGAAAAGCAUUCACUUGGCAUUUCUGAUCAUUUCUCUUCACAUGUUUUCUGAAAAUGGGCGAGGUGGGUAACAAAAAAAGGAAAAAAAAAAAAAUUCCCUUUGGAAGUUUUGUUCCUCGGUCCAGUUUUUCUAAGGCAUGCUGAGGGGAAGUUGAGGGAAUGAAACUCUGCCCUGGGAUAUAAGCACGGGGAGAGGCUCGAGUUUUUGGCCACCUGAGGAUUGUGUGAAUGCGCGUAUCUGUUUGCGUCUCUUACGGGAAUGUGUCGUUGCCUCAUUUUGUCGUUUGGGGAGAGAAGGCUGGCAAAAGAAGGUUGGCCUGAUGGCUUCAUCUUGGCCAUAUUUCUUUCCGCUGGAGGUGAUUUUUGAAAAGAAAACCUGGGCGGUGGAGGAUUUUCAGCCUGUUUUGUUUAGUCUUUGGGUUCAUUUUUUCUUUUAAAGUUGUUGUUGUUGUUAUUUUUGUAGGAGCGUUGGGGCCAAGAAGGCGACAGCUUAUCUGACUUGAAUUAGAAGAUCAAGAAUGGCGGGCAGAAAGCCACUGAGCCGUGUCAGAAGGGGCGUGGCUGUGGAAAAUCUGAUCCCAGGGCUGAGGUCAGCUCUCGCCCGCAGCUGUAAAUUAGCGCAGACCAACACUUAAGAUGCUCAGCGAUAAGGUUUCUCUCCUUUUUUUUUGUGGUCCUGGACAAAGAAGGAGGAGGGAGCGAGGGUGGGGCGUGGGGGGGUUUCUUCCUGAACCAAGGACCCUAAGUGAAGGGAAUUAUAUUUUGAUUCCAUUAAGGAAUCUUGUGUGUAUUCGAUUGCCAGGUACUUCCGCUAAUUGUUUGCAAUGCCUUUCUUUGUGUUUACUCGGGGUGUGUAUGUGUGUGUGUGUACCAGGUUUUCUGCGAGCACACCGCGCCACACAAAUACACACGCUCACAGACGGGACUGUCGAAGGCUGUGACUCGCCCAGAAACACUACACACGCCGGUGUUAUUACUAUGCAAGUGGAUUCUUCUAAUUAUUGUGUCAAUUCUUGUAUUUUAUUUUUGGGGUUAUUUUUUUCCCAUUGACAAAAAAAGCAACAAAAAAAAAGUAUCCAAAAAAAAAAACUCACUGCUUGUUGGACUAGAGUGAUGUUACUGACUGUCAGACUUCUCAAGCCAACACAUGUAAACUCUAGCCCCCAUCCCCUGACCCCCACCCGUGCCACAACUCCCUUGUGUUUGUAUGAAGGCCAUGAUGUGUUUAAAACCCAGUUUUUCUGCAUCUUGUCAGUCAAAUGUAAGGAACAAGGGGGAUGUUAAUGUCAGUGGUCGGGUCUGAGUCUGUGUAGUGUGUGACAUAGUGAAACGUGUGUGAGAAAGACUCGUGACUCGCCACCACAGUUGAAUUUUUCUUUUUUUUUUUGGUUUGGUAAUCGUACACCCGACCAUUCACGAACGAGCGCCACCCACGGAGCGACUUGCUCUCUGCAGGUGCUCUUCGCAAAGGGCCAAAGUGUCCGUCAACAAUUCCUGACUCUUUCUUACUUGCACGCAUUCACUGCUGUUGGACUGUUUUCUUUCUUUUUCUUUUUUCUUUCUUUUUUUUUUUUUUUGUUGAGCCAUGGCAGCUCGGAUCUGUCGGUCAGAACUGCACGACAGGUUUGCCGUUUUGGCCGAUGGGUCACGGGGCACAGCUGAUUAAGAGCUAAUCAUAACCUCCAGCUUACAAUUUCCUUUCAUACUUAAUAAAUUUGACCAGAAAAAUCAAGAUCAUUGACCGAUUGAAAGGGUGAAAAAUUCUUUUCUGGCGUAUACACUCACCCUGUUAUUCCCUAUUACUUUUUUUUUUUUUUUUUUUUCUCCUCAUAGAUAAUUUUCCGUCUGUAGGGUAAUAAUCAGAAUUGAACAUUCAGCACUGACUUUCAUGCAGUUGUAGGCCAAUAGUAAUUUGAUAAGACGAAUGAAGUUACCCUUUCAAACUGAUUCUUACAGCCACGUUUUGCUUCUAGAGCUCAGAACCAGCAUUGAUUUGAGACAAAAAAAAAAAAAAAAAUGAAAUUGGGGAUCGAAAGCUGUUGGCUCGGUUAGAGUUGCCUGCAAUCUUAACAGCAAAGACUGACAUGCAGUAUCCAAGGAAGUCUGUAUGGAAUAAAGCAUUGUGCAUCUCAGCGGUCCGGUGUAGCCAACUCACCGCGUCUGCUUUCCUUUGUUCCUUUUUCCUCACCAGAGGGUCAAAA